CUAUGGGACAGCUUCUUUCUACAAGCUUUCUACAAUGUAACUAUGGAAAUGGACAUGGGAAAGCCAGUGGAUGUAGUGUACCUGGACUUUCAGAAAACCUUCGAUAAGGUCCCACAUUGGAGAUCCCCGGGCAGCCCAAACCUGGGGAAGGUUCUCAUUCGCCAUGUGGACGGACGUUAUUUACCAGGACUGAGGCAGAGGCAGCUGCCCCAGCCUGUGGCAGGCUACGUGCAGGAUCAUCAUAACCAGAGACUGAGACGGCUCCUCCCGCUCCACAAGCAGAAGCGUUCCUGUAACACGGCAACGUGCGUGACCAUCCGCCUGGCCAACUUCCUCAGCCGCUCCGGGGCAAUGGGCAGCAGGAGCUUCAUUCCCACCGACAUCGGGGCGAAAGCGUUUGGGAGGAAGCGUCGCGGCCUUCCAAUGUAGGAGCUCCGCUGUCCUGCACAGAUAAGACCCACUGUUGAAACUUCCCAGGUGUGUGAUGUCUGAAUUCCACUCGUUUCUGGAGGAACUACAGCACUCCUGUAACAUCGCCAGAGAUUCAAAAUCCCGGGAGAGAUAAGGCAUCGGAAGGAACCACGUCCCCCUACAACACAAUUUCUCAGACCAUUAGUGUAAAGGCUCCAUUCCACCAAAUCCUCUCUCACUCCCUGGUGUCAAUAUCAAAUUCCCAGUCAUAAUCAAGGCUUGAAUUAUUAUAACCAUUUGAUUUUUCAUGCGAGAGAUCAAUUAUUUUAAAAAAAGAUCUCAAGGGACUUUCAGUCUCCAAAACCAAUUGAGUCAAAACAUUACCCCUGAAAUCCAGGGAAAGUUGAAUAGGUUAGGACUUUAUUCACUGAAGCACUGGAGAGUAAGGGGUGAUCUUAUAGAAGUAUACAAAAUUACGAGGGGUAUAGAUUGAGUGAACGCAAGCAAGCUUUUUCCCCUCAGUGUAGGUAGAACUAGAACUAGAGGUCAUAGGUUAAGGGUGAAAGGUAUUUAAUGGGAACCUGAGGGGGAACUUCUUCACUCAGAAUAAAUGCAAGCAGGCUUUUUCCGCUGAGUUUGGGUGAGACUAGAACUAAAGGUCAUGGGUUAAGGGUGAAAGGUGAAACAUUUAAAGGGAAGCUGAGGGGGAACUUCUUCACUCAGAGAGUGAUGGAAGUGCGGAACAAGCUGCCAGCGGAAGUGGUACAGGCGGGUUCAAUUCAAGAGAAGCUUGGAUAGGUACAUGAGGGCUAUGUCCAGGUGCAGGGAGAUGGAAGUAGGCAGAAGACAUGAUUGGCAUGCACUAGAUGGGUCAAAGGAUGACUCUAUGCCUUUGGCAAAAUCUUUCACUUUUGUCCACGUAUUCGCAAACAUCUCUUAUUUUGGUCUCCAACUGCGCCGAAUCUUUCCUCGUCCAUCCACCGCCACCCUGUUAAGCCGCUGACCAGUGGCUCCCCACAGGCAAGUGCGACUGGUCAUAAGAAAGAGGAGCAGGACCAGGCCAUUCGGCCCCUCACUCCUGCUGCACCAAUUCAACAAGAUUGUGGCUGAUCACUUUCAGCACCGCGGUCUUCCUCUAGUUCCAUCUCCAUCGUUUUCUGUAAACGUAAAACAAAACUUAAAUGCACUCGGUGAUCAAGUCUCCGCAGUCCGUGUCUGUGGAGAAUCACAAAGAUUCAGCAGUCUCUAUCAUACAGUCCUACAGGGCAGAAACAGGCCCCUCAGACAUGCCGACCAGCGUUCCCAGUUGUACCGGACACUAAAGAUUCUGCAGGUGCCGGAAAUCUUGAGCAGCAUGUGCAAAAGUCUGGAGGAACUCAGCAGGUCAGGCAGCAUCUGUGGAGGGGAAUAAACAGCCAACAUUUCAGGCCAACACCUUUCGCCAGAACGGGAAGGGAAGGGGGAAGAAGGCAGAAUGGGAAGGUGGGGAAGAGAGAGGUGUCCAAGCUUGAGGGUGAAAGGUGAAACCGGGUGAGGGUAAAGAUGGGGGAGGGGGAGGGGGAGUGGUGAUGUGCAAAGCU